UCCUCUCUGAAGAGGCGUAGCUCGCUGCUCGCUGCUCAUUGUGCGACUUCGGCGAGAGAAAUUUCCGCUUCCUGCACCGAUAAACACCGACCAACACACGGCGGGCAGCCGCGAAGUUGAGGCGGAGAGAGAGGAGGGGGACACACACACACGCACGGAGCGGCCGCGGGGAGGGGGACUCACACCGCCUGUCGACGGCGACUGCGAUGUGUCCGCUACCGGGCGGCGAGUAGCGGCGGAACGGAUCAACUUUCCGCACGCAGUGUUUUUACGCGUUUGCAGCAGCGGGAGCCUGAACAAAAAAUAAGCUAAAGGGAAGCAGGAGGAGGAAGAGGAGGCGCUGAAAAAAAAGGGACAACACACAUACACACGGAGAACGCAGGCUACUACGGGUGUUCCUCCCUCGAGCUCCGCGUGAAAGCCCGUGUUUUCUCCUCGCAGCCUCCAGGAUGUCGGAGCGAGGAGGAGGGCUCCCGCGGACCGGGGGCGUCCCCUCGCCGCACAUGCAGCCCUCCAAGCCGGUCAGCAUCACCUCCAACCGGCCGGUCCACAUGAACCUGUACGCCACCUGGGAGGUGGACCGCUCCUCGCCCAGCUGCGUGCCGAGGUUGUUCAACCUGACUCUGAAGAAGCUGAUCAUGCUGAAGGAGCUGGAUAAAGACCUCACGUCUGUGGUCAUCGCCGUCAAACUGCAGGGCUCCAAGCGGAUCCUGCGCUCCAACGAGAUCCUGCUGUCCUCGGCGGGGCUGACGGAGACCGACCUGCAGCUCACCUUCUCCCUGCAGUACCCGCACUUCCUGAAGAGGGACGCCAACAAGCUUCAGAUCAUGCUGCAGCGACGGAAGCGCUACAAGAACCGGACCAUCCUGGGCUACAAGACCUUGGCCCUGGGCCUCAUCAACAUGGCCGAGGUGAUGCAGCACCCCAGCGAGGGGGCUCAGGUCCUGGGGCUGCACAGCCAGCUGAAAGACGCCUCGGUGCCCGUCGCCGAGAUCAGAGUCUACUCCCUGUCCAGCCAGCCGAUCGACCACGAGGGACCCAAAGCGAAGAUGUCUGAUCGCUCCCCAGACAUCGACAACUACUCUGAAGAGGAGGAGGAGAGCUACUCAUCAGAACAGGAAGGCAGCGACGACCCCAUUCAUGGACAGUAUCUCUUUGACGAGGAGGACGAGGUGAGGAAGAAGAAGCCGAGGCGUAAGCUCCCCUCCAACGCCGCCAUCACCAGACAACCCAACAUCAAGCAGAAGUUUGUCGCCUUGCUGAAAAGGUUUAAAGUCACAGAUGAGGUUGGUUUCGGCCUGGAGCACGUGUCCAGGGAGCAGAUCCAGGAGGUGGAGGAGGACCUGGACGAGCUCUACGACAGUCUGGAGAUGUACAACCCCAGCGACAGCGGGCCGGAGAUGGAGGAGACCGACAGCAUCCUCAGCACACCCAAACCUAAGCUGAGGCCGUUCUUUGAGGGGAUGUCGCAGUCCAGCUCGCAGACGGAGAUCGGCAGCCUGAACAGCAAAGGCAGUUUGGGUCGGGACCCUUUCAGUCCGCAGGGGGAGCAGCCGCCUCUAGAGAAGAUGAAAUCCUCCCGCAGCCGCAACCUGGAGGAGGCGCUGUCUGAGACCGACACACUGGAGCUGACAGACCAGGAGCUGUUUGCCGAGGUGGGCCCCAGCAUCAUGGUGUCCGUGGCAGAGAAACCCCGGACGCCUCUGAAGAGCAGCAAGAGUGAAACACAGGCCAUGCCGUCGCCAAGGUUGGACGGAGGCCACACACCCAGACAGAAGCGCGUCAGCACUCCCAUGAAGGAGCGACAGCUGUCCAAACCUCUGAGCGAGCGGACCAACAGCUCCGACUCGGAGAGAUCCCCGGAGCUGGGUCACAGCACCCCGCUGCUGAGGAAAGUGGUGUACGACCAGCUGAACCAGAUCUUGUUGUCGGACUCCGCACUCCCAGAGAGCCUCAUCUUGGUCAACGGCACCGACUGGCAGGGGCAGUACGUUGCAGAGCAGCUCCAGGUGCAGAGGUAUCCGGUGGUCUGCACGUGUUCGGCGGCCGAAAUCCAGGCGGUGCUGUCCGCCGUGCUCACCCGCAUCCAGAAAUUCUGUAACUGUAACUCGUCCAUGCCCAGAGCGGUGAAGGUGGCGGCGGUGGGCAGCCAGAGCUACCUGGGAGCCAUCCUGCAGUUCUUCGUCACCCAGCUCGCCAACAAGACGUCCGACUGGCUCAAUCACAUGCGCUUCCUGGUGGUGCCUCUGGGCUCCCACCCGGUCGCCAAGCACCUCGGCGCCCUCGACAAUCGCUACAGCUCCUCUUUCCUCGACGGAGCGUGGCGGGACGUGUUCAGCCGCUCCGAGCCGCCGCAGACGGACCAGUUGGAUGUAGCGGCAAGGAUCGCCCAGUACAUCAGCGGUGCCACGGUCACACACCAGCUGCCCAUCGCAGAGGCCAUGCUCACCUGCAAACACAGGACGCGAGAUGAAGACUCCUACCAGAAGUUUAUUCCUUUCAUAGGGGUUGUGAAGGUCGGUCUUAUCGAGUCUGGUCAGUCUCCAACAGGUGACACAGAUGAGGGCGUGGCAGUGAGCUUGGCUGUCCCCUCCACGUCUCCCCCCUCCCACGGCUCACCCACAGGGAUGAUUAAAGAGGCGGCCACGCCCCCCUCCUCCCCCUCCAUGGGCAGCGUGCUGACGGUACAAGGGAGCCCCAGUAUGUCUCACGGCGUGGACGCCAUCGGCCUGCAGGUGGACUACUGGCUGGCCUCGCUGGCUGAGAAGAGGCGGGAGGGCGAGCGGCGCGACACGGGCUGCAAGAACACGCUGAAGAGCGCCUUCCGCUCGCUGCAGGUCAGCAGGCUACCAGGCGGGGGCGGCAGCGAGCCGCAGGCCCAGGUCAGCACCAUGGCCAUGACCGUGGUCACCAAGGAGAAGAACAAGAAAGUUCCCACCAUCUUCCUGGGAAAGAAGCCAAAGGAGAGGGACGUGGACUCGAAGAGCCAGGUCAUCGAAGGCAUCAGCCGACUCAUCUGCUCCGCCAAGCAGCAGCAGACCAUCCUGAAAGUGUCCAUAGACGGCGUGGAGUGGAACGACGUGAAGUUCUUCCAGCUGGCCGCUCAGUGGCCGACUCACGUCAAAUACCUACCUGUCGGACUUUUUGGCUACAGCAAGCCUCCCUCCUAGGGCUGCGCACCCGCCGACUCCUCUCACCCUGACUUGACCUUCGUCUUUCCUCAAUCCCGUCACACAUUUGCGCAAAGACCCCGCCCCUCAGCACCUGCAGGGCUGAGAGAAGACGGGCUGGACUCAUUUCUUUCUUCAGUUUGGCUAAAGUCGGUUUGUUUCUCUUUUAGGAGGAAGAUGAGGAGGAGGAGGAGGGAGGUGUUGGGGUGCAGCGCCGUUACUCGUCACUUUAAUGCCCCUUUUUGGUGUGUGUUUCUUUGUGUGUGUGUGUGUGUGUGUGUGUGUGUGUGGCGAGUGUGUGGCGAGUGUGCAUGCACACGUGAAUGUACAUUGUGUGUGAGUGCGUGUGCGUCCACAAGGGGCUUACAGCACAAGUUUAUUAGCCAACUGCCAUUUACAUUUCCGUUCUAUGGAAUGCAACAGCAUGCGACGACUCGCCGAUUUCAAGCCCUUAAAUCCCGAAAACCCCUCAGUGUCACAACACCACCCCUCCCCCGAUCCACACGUGCAUGCUCCGAACUAACAGAUAACACCACUCAUGUGCCGGGGAAAAAAAAAUCUCAAAAUAAAGUAACACGACAGGGCUUCAGUGUUUUGCAUGAGCCAGUGAAAACACAAAGAAAACGUGUCCUCUGCUCACACACACAAAAAAAAGGUCUGCAUGUGAUGAAUUCCCUCCACAUGGUCGCAGAAGCCCCUUCACUAAACAGGCUCAUUCUGUCUUUACUUUAAUUUUCAAGGGCUUCCAUAUGAUUUAAAAAUAUUUUGUCUGUACCAAAAUAAAGUCAUUUGGAUGUCAAUGCCAAACGUUUCCUUUCAGAAAAGUAAAGAAAAAAAAAAACAAGAAACAAAAUGAUAUCUAUUAAAGGGGAAGUGUCUUUUUUUUAAAAAUUGUGCUCUAGUGAAAAAUAGUGAAAAAAGAAAAAAAAAAAACCUUCCCUUUAAAGUUGUCGUGUGAUGCGUAGUGUAACCGUUUUUGUGAAGAGUUCCAGGAUUUCAGGGCGGGAGCUGAUGUUAAUGUGCAGUUUUUCUUUCUCUUCUCAUUUGCUAUGCACUUAUGAAUACACAGCGUGAAAAAUAGAUGAAAAAGCAGAGCCGACUGAAUGUGCGACGUGUAACAACAAAAUGCAUAUUUAAACAGACAAAAACUCAGCGGUGCUGAUGAGAAAACGAUGGGAAACGUCCAAAAAAAUGGAAAUUAAAAUCAUUAUCUACUUAACAACAUUUUGAUGGAAAGUCAGGUGAAGUUUCGCAGUCCGCAAAACAUUUCUGGUGAAACAGCGUUGCAGCGUUCUCCUGAAUAACAGAAGUAGAUGGGGACUUCUUUUAAAAUGUAGAAAAGCAGCUGAAAAUAAACACAGCAUGGCUUCAUACAGCUCGUCUGCUGUGAUCCAAGUCUCCUGAACACAUGAUUUCAACACUGAUUUCAAUAGAUGUUAAUCAAUGUGGGAUCUCUGGGCUUCAGGAGACAUUUCCAAACGACCCGUGAAAUGUUUAGCGGAUGACGACACUACCUGAAUUUUCACUUUAAGGGUGACCUGUUCCUUUAAUCACCUGCAAUAAAAGCACAAUGCCGUUUGCCCCUAUUCGGUGAAAAACAGCGGACCUGUUUAAAAAUUUAUUUUUUUUAAGCGUCUCCUUAUUUCUCUUCUCCUGAACAACCUUCAUUUUAUCAGGAGUCAUUGCGGUUACUUUGGCACAGGUCUGCUUCUGGCUUUCUCUACGAUGUCGUGAGGUGAUUAGUGAGUGUACAGUAACUGGUAACGCGCGUGUGUGUGGUGAAAUAAACGUAAUGUUGUCAAAAACAAAAAUAGGAGGAAUACUUUUUCUACCAUGUGACCGAGGGCAUGCAAGAGUGUGUGUGUGUGUGUGCGUGUGUGUUGAUGAUGUCGUCGUCAUCGAUCAUCAGAUUAGGGCUGCAAAAGCUGCAGCGGUUGUCUUGUUUACGUUGUAGCUCGGCACAAGACGAACGCAGCUUUAUUUUUUUUUUUCCUCCCCACCACUAAACUACACUUUUAAAACCUUCAACAAAAUCUGCUUAUUUUUAUUCAAGCGAUUUGAUUCUUUACAAAUCCAAGAAUGUAUCUUCAACAGCAGCAGUUCGUGAUGAUGGUUCUAAAAAGCCGCGGGAGCUCUGCCUUGUGUCGCCUACAUCGUAACGCUCUCCAUCUCCAGUCAAGUAUUAGCAAGAUUUUUUUCUGUUUUUUAAUAGUGUUAAUGCCAACGUCUCUUUUUGAAAGUAGAUUAGGGGAUUUUUCGGUAUUCCAGUGUUACAUUUGUGGCGUCAGCAGCACGUCUCGGCCUCGUCUUUCUGUCCGACAGCACCCAUGAUGUGAGGUUUUCACAGCGAACGGUGUCUGGCAGCUCGUACGUCACCGUCUCGACUGAGUCUUAGGGCACAUGAAAAGUUAUGUGUCACUGUAAUUGAAUAAAUUGGUGUUAUUUGGCCUGAAGAAAAACCUAAUGUUCCUCACUUGUGUUGCUGACGAACAGCGAAGGGCUCGACAGACGGACUGACUGACGGGUCACUGAAUAUCAGUGAGCGUUGAUGUACUGUAGUUUCAUGUUGAGGUCGCUUCAUCAUUUCAUUCCAAAAUACCAACACUUGCUCUUACAAAUGUGUUUUAUUGGCAUAAUUUGCUGUUUUGAAACUGAACUGAAUGUUACGACCUUUGCAAGGAAAAAUCUUGGUGCCACUUCAGAAUAACACGUACUUAGAGAAUGUUCUUAAUUGGCCGCUAAUGGUUUCAUUAAAAGUUCCACAUCGUGCUCAUUGUCAGAUUGGGUGUUUACUGGACAAAUGUUUACGUGCUCAAUGCUGAAAAACACGUUAUUUUUCUCACACUGUCCAUUGCUGCAGCACCACUAUUCACCCUCUGUUUUCUAGCUCGGGUCUCUGUAAGACCACACCUCCUGAAAAUCCCAUUGGUCAGCUGUCACAAGCCUGAACAGACUCCACCCAACAGCCUAAUUCACUGUCUCUGAAUUGAGCCUGUGUACAUUUCUCUAAGGAGCAGCGUUUUGAUACUUUAUACAGUAUUUAUACAGCAUAUAGUGCUGGUUUAUAAUUUAGAAAAAACAGAAAUCUCAAUUUCUAUGAAAAAAAUAAUAAUAAUAAUGUUUGGGUUGCCAGGAUGUAGAUUACAGUGUAUUUACAUACCCCAAAGAUGUGUUUUAUUACUCAACUCUUCAGUGUCUUUCAAGCCUGUUGAGCAUUUCAGUAUCUUUAACCUCAUUGUUUUGGUUAGUGAGCGUGCAGUUUAACUCUUUUGUUUCAAUCUCGUGGCUUUAAUCAGCCUCUUUUUCCAGGCGAUUUUAACUGAAAGAGCUCUACAAACCCAACUGUGCACAACCUUCCCUGCACCAAAGGGAAGACAAAGAAAGUUAGCAACUAGCCUGGGAACUUUGUGGAAGUUUUAGCAGCUAAAGAGACAGAUGUUUACUUCCCUGAGCUAAAAGAAGGGUGAAUAUUGGGCAUAGGUAGCCACAAACUUGCAUCAAUCUGAACAAUAAUGUAACUUUACAACAUCAACUUUUUGCAAAAUUGCACACAGUAAUAAACUGCUUUAAGUUUAAACAUCAGUAGGUCAUUAUAAAAAGGUUUUUUCCUGCUAUUUACAUCAAGUCAUUAGGCCUGUCCUUGUUUGUGAUCACAGGUAUAACAACUUAUAAGGAAGGUAUGUGUUGUAAUUUAGCAGGAUUGUAGACUGUAGAUGAACCAAAAGGAUCCUUCAACAAAACCUGGCAACCCAAAACUGAAGCACUUCCUGCUGAUCUACUUCAAUAUGUUGACAUUUUCCACCUGUCAGACAAACCGACAAGUGCUGCUAACUUUAGCUCUCGUUAGCUAGUUAGCUCAGUUAGCUAGUUAGCGCAGUUAGCUAGUUAGCUCAGUUAGCGGAGCCAGCCAGCGCCUCUGUUGGCUGACUCUGGGAGCUUGGAGCACCGAGGGGAGCGUCGGUGUUGUUUACAGUCGUAACAAAGCGGCGAGCUAUUUAGCAUUCUAUAACUACGAUACUAUGAUACUUCAGCAACAACAUGCAAAUAUUUAUAAUAUUUUUCAUUCAAAUUCUUCCACAGUUUAAUCUUUAACGAACUCAUUAGUGACAGCUGAGAACACUUUUUAGGUCAAGUAUGCUUUAUUAUGAAUGGGUACCACUUUUUGAAUAAGAUAAAUAAAUUAAGAUUUCAAAAAGAAAUUUCUCCGACAGUUACAUAACAUUUUGGAAUGAAAUGCCUGAUUUAUUUUUUUUAUUUUCAUUGAACUAACUAAGGAGGGUCCGUGAUCUCGUGUCUGCUUUUAGAGACGACCUCUUCUAACUCAAAAUGCUCUCUGCCUUGUAGUGUUGUUAGACUCAUUAUUCGCAACGAUGUGAAUCCAAACGACUUUUUCCUAAAUUUGUGUGAAGUCGUAGCGUAUCGACGCCUCUUUUGCUCGCAGGUGAAGAAAGGUCAGCUGACUCGGAAAUGCUCUGAAAAGAGAGGCAUUAAAAAAAAAAACAAAAUCACUGCCAAAACUACAAUGUGAAGAACUUGUGAUUAUGUUAAGAUAGAUUUGUGGUGUUUUUUUUGAGGGGGGGGGGUUGCUGAUAACACAUUAACAACAAAGUGAUCCUUGCCAUGUAGUCAUCAUUUCAGUAUUCGGAGGAACUGAAUGCUUUUUUUUUUUUUUUUAAUUUAACAGCCACGUUCAGCAGCUUAUUCCUUGUCUUUACGUCAUCUUUCCUGCUCAUUCUUACCGUUUACAUGUUUUUCUAGAGUCUCUUUGAAAAUGCUGGUUGGUCUCUCUGUAAGUCUUGAACCUUCUUCCUGUGUGUUUUUACCUGUAUCUGUACCUGUGUGUGUGUGUGUGUGUGUUUGUUCGUGCCGGUGUAACAGUGGUUCCUCUGUCCUUGACUAGUCGUGGUUAGAGAUUAGGAGCUGUUUGGUCCGUCAAUAAUCUCCGUCAGUGAUCAGCAGUGUCUUUUCUCUCCACUGUCCAGAUAUACUGUGUGUCCCUCUGAUGAUGACAGUCUUCACCAGGCUUCCACAAGCUUAGCUUCAAUGAUAUUGUCCCCAUUGCCUCACAGCUUGUACAUUUUUGCUGUCUGUCCUCACGGGAACAAGAUUUGCCUACGAAAGCAGUAGAUUUUCUGCCUGACGAGCUCCUGCUCAGAGCAGAGCGUCCCCUAAGCUUGUGGACUCGUGGAGAGUAUUUUUGCACAUGCCAUUGUUUCUUCAGCAGCAGUCUUCAGCUUUUUUGCCUUUUGCCUAUAACAAUAAUUAUAAUAAACUUUAAUGCUUGUACAUAUCAGAUAGUACUUGUUAUAUUGUAUUCUAGUUUGUUUUCUUGUUUUUCUUGAUUUGACAUGUUUUGUAGUACUGCUUUUUCAUGAUUACGUUUGUCAAAUCAAGCAGAUGUGGGAUGAAAAGUGGAAGUGUUUAUUGUUUCAUUUGUUUUUUAAAAUAAAAAUAUUCCUGAUUUGUA